GUGGAAUCUGUCACCUGACCCAGCUCAAACAUGGCUGCCCCGGAAACUCCAAUGCUUUGGGUGCCGGGAACAGGAGGUACUCCACGAAUGAGACCACUGAGAAUGUGUUCCGCGUAACGCAUCUCUUUCUACCUCCCUGCACUCUGGCUGGGAAAAUGAGUCAUCCGUUUGGAAAAGAGGAAACUGCUACCGAGGAGCAGCUUUUUGAAUUUUUUUGUGAGUGCCUGCGGAGGGGAGAGUGGGAGCUGGCACAGGCAUGUAUCCAUCAGCUACACGAGGCACAAGGGGAUAUCCCAAAGAGGGUGGAAGACAUACUUCAGGCGCUGGUGCUGUGUCCAGAUCUGCUGAGAUGUGGGCAGGACAUGAGCCCCCAAAGAUUAGCUUGGCUCUGGCUUCUUGUACUGGAAAAAUGGUUGGCCCAGGAAAAGAAGUUACUCCCAGCUGUUUACCGGAGAAAGCUUGAGUUUCUUUUUUUGUCAGAAGACCUCCAAAGUAACAUUCCAGAGGACAUUCUCAAGGAGCUGUAUGAGAUUGUAGCACAAGGGACAGUAUCCCAGUUGCCUGAUGCACAUCAGAGGCAGUUGAGCUGGACCCCUCAGCUCAGCUCCGAAGCUGUCUCUGUGCUCUGGGAUCUUCUGAGGCAGGCUCCCCAGCAAGCACAGGCCCUGCUGGAGUUCCUGCUUGGGGAGGAUGAUGGCACUGGCCUCUGUCAUUGGCCUCUGCAGAAGGCACUGGUGGGCCUUAUUCGAAAGGCACUUCGGACUCUGCAGGGACCUGCCUCUGGGCCCCCAGGGGAUGUGGAUGCCAUCUACAGAGCACUUCAGACUCUGCGAUGCCCUGCAGAGUCCCCUGGGGCUGAGUUGCGUGCCCUGUGUGAAGAACUCCUGGAUGCCUGCAGGACCGAGGGAAGUCCCCUAAAGGAGGACCAGCUGCUUGGCUGCCUACUGCACAAGGGCGGGCAGGGCUUGUUGUCCCUUUAUGGCCACACCUAUGCAGAAAAAGUCAUGGAAAAGCCACCAACAGCCAUGCCUUCAGGGAAAGUCUCCCUGGAUCAUCCAGAUCCUGAGCGGACAAUGCUGGCGCUGUUCUCCACUCCCUACCCAGCCCAGGCUUGGAAAGUGGCCUUUUUCUACUGCCUGAGCAACAACAAGCACUUCCUCGAGCAGAUUCUGGUAACAGCGCUAACUCUGUUGAAAGAAGAAGACUUCCCAAGCCUUGGCUGCCUGUUGGAUAGAGAGUUCAGGCCUCUCAGGCACCUGCUCGUGCUUGUAGGCUGGACCCACUGCCAGAGCCUUGAGUCAGCAAAAGGGCUGCUCCAGACACUGCACAGGACCCAGGAACAAGGCUGUGAUGAGCUCCUCAGGGAUGCCUGUGAUGGCCUGUGGGCCCACCUGGAGAUCCUGGAGUGGUGCGUACAGCACAGCAGCAACCCUAUACCAAAGAGAGAUCUCUUGUAUCAUUUACACGGCGGAGACAGCCACUCAGUGCUCUACUCUCUCCAUCACCUUACUAACCUUCCAGCCCUCAAAGAGGAAGAAGUUCUCAAGCUCUUACAGAAGGAGCCAGCCAAGGACCUCCAACAAGAGCAUGAUUCUACUGAUGCCCCAGUUCCUGAGCACCUGAGCCAGUGUCAGAAUCUGACCCUCUACCAGGGCUUCUGUGCCAUGAAAUAUGCCAUCUAUGCUCUCUGUGUGAACUCGCACCAGUAUUCCCAGUGCCAGGACUGCAGAGACAGCCCCUCUGAGGACCUGGCCUUGGCCACAGAGCCAACAGAGGACUCUGUCCCUUCCCCAGGUGCUUCACAUCUCUUCUCAACUUACCUGGCCAGGUGUCAACAGUAUCUCUGCAGUAUCCCUGACUCUUUGUGCCUAGAACUUCUAGAAAACAUCUUCUCAUUGCUUCUCAUUACCUCUACUGAUCUUCACCCAGAGCCUCAUCUGCCUGAAGACUAUGCUGAGGAUGAUGACACUGAGGGGAAAGGCUCCUUGGGUUGGAGGUCUCCAUCAGAAAGCCCUCAGCACACAGCACAACCUGAGAAGAAGUCGGAACGGGGUUCCCUUGGAGCCCCCAGGAACCUUGUACAUACAAUGCCAAGCUGUCUAAAACUACAGCCAAAAGACAGCUCCCCAGGGCCCCAUGGCAAUUUUUUGGAUCUAAUGCACUUUACUAGUGGUAUCAAUGGAUUCCUGGCUGAUGAGUUUGCAAUAGGGGCCUUCCUUGGGCUUCUCCAGGAACAGCUGGAUAGGAUCAGCAGCCACAGCCCGCCUGAUAAGGCAAAGCUCCUGGAAGGCCAGGGCUGUGCAGGAAGCAGAGAUGGACUGCAGAGCCGCCUGAACCAGUUUUCCAGGGUUCUCUCUGAGGCCCAGUGGAGAUAUAAGGUGGUAACAAGCAACCAGGGCUCAGAGGAGCCACUUUCCCGAAGGUACCGGCCCAUUACCACAAGGCACUCUAGUCUCCGAAGGGGUCGUCGGGCAAGAAGAAGCAGAGCAGGUGAUCUGAAGAGCUCUUUCCUCAUACCUUGCUCUCUCUCUCAUACGCCAGAUGGCCGGGACAGAAGCUCCAACCCAUCCCUGGAAAGUACGAGUAGUGAACUGAGCACAAGUACUUCAGAAGGCAGUCUGGCCACUGUGUCUGGGCAGAAUGAGCUGGACAGCCGAUUGCAGCCCCAACCUCAAAGUGCAUUCCUCCCCAUGAUGUUCUCCCCACCUGAGUCACUGCUCGCAUCCUGUAUCCUCCGGGGGAACUUUUCAGAAGCCCAUCAGGUGGUCUUCAUGUUCAACCUAAAGUCCUCACCUAGUGCAGGGGAACUGAUGUUUGUGGAGCACUACCAGGAAGUGAUCCAGGAGCUGGCCCGAGUGGAGCACAAGAUUGAAAACCAGAACUCAGAUGGCACUAACAGCACCAUUCGAAGAACUGGCAGUGGCUGUUCAACUCUACAGGCCAUUGGCAAUGCUGCAGCUGCAGGGAUGGUAUUUUACUCCAUCUCUGAUGUGACCGACAAGCUUCUCAGCACCUCUGGAGACCCCAUCCCCACACUCCAGGAGGACUUCUGGAUAAGCACCACUCUGGCAGAGCCCAACACUCCCCUGCAAGAGGUUCUGGAAGACCUUAGUCCCCCCGCCAUGGCUGCAUUUGACUUAGCUUGCUCUCAGUGCCAGCUCUGGAAAACCUGCAAGCAGCUCUUGGAAACAGCUGAACGGCGUCUGAACAGUAGCCUGGAGAGCCGGGGUCGGCAGCUAGACCAAGUACUCCCCAAUGCUGAUGGCAUUCGAGGGUUUCCAGUUGUUCUUCAGCAAAUUAACAAGAUUCUUAAUUAUCCACUUUUGUCAGCCGGACAAGCUAAAUCAGACACUAUAGAAGAAAAGGGAGGAGCCUCUCCCCGAUGCAGCAUCACCGAGCUGCUUCAGAUGUGCUGGCCCAGCCUGACUGAGGACUGCGUUGCCAGGCACACCACCCUCUCCCAGCAGCUGGAACAGGUCCUUCAGUCACUGAGAGAGGUGCUAACGCUGCCAGAGCCCAGGAAUACUCCGCUUUCUUCCCUGGUGGAGCAGGCAUCCCAGAAAGCUCCUGAGGCAGAAGCCCACCCUGUGUACAUCCAGACUCAGCUCCUCCAGAAGAAUCUGGGCAAACAGACCUCAGCAGGCAGCAGACAGACUAACUACGUGGGCACCUUCUUCAGUUACUGUAGCACCUUGGCUGCUGUUCUCCUUCAGAGUUUGAGCUCUGAGCCUGAGCACGUGGAGGUCAAGGUAGGAAAUCCCUUUGUUGUGCUGCAACAGAGUCCUUCCCAACUUGUGUCACAUCUCCUGCUUGAGAGACAAGUUCCCCCAGACAGGCUAGCAGCCCUUCUGGCCCAAGAGGGUCUCAGCCUAAGUGUGCCACAAGUUAUCAUCGACUGCUGCAGUGAGCCUCUUGCUCUUUGCUCCUCUCUGCAAAACCAGCAGACAUCAUCCCUCCUGAGCCACCUGGGUGUCCUGGCCCAGAAGUACACCUCUCACUUCCUGAAUGACCUUCCCGUUUCUGCACUGAGCUCCCCUAGGCCAACCGAAAAUCCCACAUUGGAGAAGAAGCACUGCUCCUACCCAAAGGACUCAUCACCCCCAGCCCUCACCUCCUCUGCCUUGGCCUUCCUUAAAUCCUGCUCAAAGCUACUGGCUACAGUAGCCUGCCUUGGGGCUUCCCAGGGGUCAAAGGUCAGCAAGCCCAGCUUGUCAUGGAAGGAGCUGCGUGGACGCAGGGAGGUGCCUCUAACUGCAGGGCAGAUAGCCCGAGAGUGUGAGCACCUCCUGGAACAGUUCCCUAUGCUCGAGGCCUCCCUCUUGGCUGCCUGGGAGCCCCUGUGUGGGUCCUCCGAACAGGGAAAGAGCCUGACAGCCAGUCUGUGUGGUCAGACCAAGCUCUCUAUUGUGCUCCUGGGCCUGCAUUCUCCCCUUGCCGUGGACGUGCUGACUGAAGCCUUUGAGGAAGCUCUUGUGGCCAGAGAUUGGCCCCGGGCCCUUCAGCUCAUUGAAGUGUACGGGCGAGAUGUGGACGAUCUGAGCAACAUAAGGGAUGCGGUCCUGAGCUGUGCAGUGGCAUGUGACAAGGAAGGUUGGCAAUACCUGUUUCCUGUGAAGGAUGCAUCUCUGAGAAGUCAGCUGGCCCUACGGUUUUUGGAUCGGUGGCCCUUGGAGUCAUGCCUGGAGAUCUUGGCCUACUGCAUUUCAGACACAGCUGUCCAAGAAGGACUAAAGUCUGAGCUGCAGAGGAAGCAGGUGGAGUUUCAAGUAUAUCAGAAGAUUCUAGGCUUGCAGGAACCUCCAGCAUGGUGUGACUGGCAGACCCUAAGGAGCUGCUGUGUUGCAGACCCAUCCUCUGUCAUGAGCUUGAUUCUAGAAGCACAGGAGUAUGAGCUGUGUGAGGACUGGGGCUGCCUAUACCCCAUUCCAAGGGAACAUUUAAUCAGCUUACAUCAGAAGCAUCUUCUCCACCUUUUGGAAAGAAGAGACCAUGAAAAGGCUCUGCAGCUCCUACGAAGAAUCCCUGACCCCACCAUGUGCCUUGAAGUCACAGAACAGUCCCUCGACCAGCACCCUAGCUUGUACACCUCACACUUCUUGGCCAACUACCUCACCAGUCACUUCUAUGGAGAACUGACUUCUGUUCGACAUAGUGAAAUCCAGGCACUCUACAUGGGAUCCAAGGUUCUACUGACCCUGCCUGAGCAGCACCGGGCCAGCUAUUCCCACUUGUCCUCCAACCCCUUGCUCAUGUUGGAGCAGUUGCUGAUGAACAUGAAAGUGGAUUGGGCCACUGUGGCCGUGCAGACCCUGCACCAGCUGCUGGCUGGACAGGAGAUUUGCUUCACCAUGGAUGAUGUUGACUCACUGCUGUCCAGAUAUGCAGGGAAAGCCCUGGAACUCCCGUACCCUCUGAGGGAGAAACGAUCAGAUUCUGUGAUUCACCUCCAGGAAAUUGUUCAUCAGGCUUCCGACCCUGAGACCAUAUGUAGAUCAUCAUCAGCAGAGUUUGCUGCUACUGCUCCUGGUGUCUCCAUUGUGCAUUCACCUAGCCCGGGGGAGAGGAGCUUCCCUCACAGUCAGCCCCUGCUGGAAUUUGUGCCCCCAGUGACACCGCCUGCCAGGCACCAGUGGGUGCCAGAUGAGACUGAGAGCAUCUGCAUGGUCUGUCACAAGGAGCACUUCAGUAUGUUUAACAGGCGUCAUCAUUGUCGCCGCUGUGGCCGGCUGGUGUGCAGUUCCUGCUCCACUAAGAAAAUGGUGGUGGAAGGCUGCAGAGAGAACCCUACUCGCGUGUGUGACCAGUGCUACAAUUACUACAACCAAGAUACACCAGAGGAGAAUCCAGGCCAACCAGAAGCAUCUGACAGCUCGAAGACUGAAAGCCUUCCAUAUUCGGCUGUGGUCAAAGUCCCCAAAGAAGCUGAAGUGGAAUGGAUUUUGAGUCUGAACAAGGAAGAAAAUGAGUUGGUGCGGAGUGAAUUUUACUAUGAACAGGCUCCCAGCGCCUCCUUGUGCAUUGCCAUCCUGAAUCUGCACCGGGACAUUGUUGCCUGUGGUCACCAGCUAAUUGACCACUGCUGCAGACUGUCCAAGGGCCUCACAAACCCAGAGGUGGACGCGGGGCUGCUCACAGACAUCAUGAAACAGCUGCUCUUCAGUGCCAAGAUGAUGUUUGUCAAGGCUGGCCAGAGCCAGGACUUGGCUCUUUGUGACAGUUAUAUCAGCAAGGUGGAUGUGCUGAAUAUUUUAGUUGCUGCUGCCUAUCGCCAUGUGCCAUCUCUAGAUCAAAUCUUGCAGCCUGCUGCAGUCACCAGGCUAAGGAACCAGCUUCUGGAAGCUGAGUACUACCAACUGGGAGUCGAGGUCUCCACAAAGACUGGGCUUGAUUCCACUGGGGCAUGGCAUGCUUGGGGCAUGGCCUGCCUCAAGGCUGGGAACCUCACUGCAGCCCGGGAGAAGUUCAGUCGCUCUCUGAAGCCCCCCUUUGACCUCAAUCAGCUGAAUCAUGGCUCGAGGCUGGUACAGGAUGUGGUUGAGUACCUGGAGUCCACAGUGAGGCCCCUCAUUUCCUUGCAAGAUGAUGAUUACUUUGCCACCUUGAGGGAACUGGAAGCCACCCUUCGAACCCAGAGCCUCUCCCUGGAGGUGAUUCCUGAAGGGAAGAUCAUGAAUAACACCUACUACCAAGAAUGUCUGUACUACCUGCACAACUAUAGCACCAACCUGGCCAUCAUCAGCUUCUACAUGAGGCACUGCUGCCUCCGGGAAGCCCUGCUGCACCUCCUCAACAAGGACAGUCCACCAGAAGUCUUUGUAGAAGGGAUUUUCCAGCCAAGCUACAAAAGUGGGAAGCUACACACUUUGGAAAACUUGCUGGAAUCUAUUGAUCCAACCUUGGAGAGCUGGGGAGCAUACCUGAUUGCUGCCUGCCAACACUUACAGAAGAAGAACUACUACCACAUUCUGUACGAGCUGCAGCAGUUCAUGAAGGACCAAGUCCGGGCUGCCAUGACCUGUAUUCGGUUCUUCAGUCACAAAGCAAAGUCAUAUACAGAGCUGGGUGAGAAGCUGUCAUGGCUGCUUAAGGCCAAGGACCACCUGAAGAUCUACCUCCAAGAAACAUCCCGCAGCUCAGGAAGGAAGAAAUCCACCUUCUUCCGAAAGAAGAUGACAGCGGCUGAUGUAUCCAGGCACAUGAAUACACUCCAGCUACAGAUGGAAGUGACCCGGUUCUUACAUCGGUGCGAAAGUGGUGGGACCUCUCAGAUCACCUCUUUGCCUCUGCCAACACUGUUUGGAAAUAACCACAUGAAAAUGGAUGUUGCCUGCAAGGUCAUGUUGGGAGGGAAAAAUGUAGAGGAUGGCUUUGGAAUUGCAUUCCGUGUUCUGCAGGACUUCCAGCUGGAUGCGUCUACAACUUACUGCAGAGCUGCCCGACAGCUGGUUGAGAAGGAGAAAUACAGUGAGAUCCGACAACUGCUCAAAUGUGUCAGUGAGUCGGGCAUGGCAGCCAAAAGUGAUGGGGACACCAUCCUCCUCAACUGCCUGCAUGCCUUCAAGAGAAUCCCACCCCAGGAGCUGGAGGCCCUGAUCCAGGCAAUACACAACGAUGACAACAAGGUUCAAGCCUAUCUGACAUGUUGCAAACUGCGUUCUGCCUACCUGAUUGCAGUGAAACAAGAACACUCACGGGCCACCACCCUUGUGCAACAGGUGCAGCGGGCUGCCAAGAGCAAUGGGGAUGCAGUCGUGCAGGACAUCUGUGCCCAGUGGCUUCUGACAAGCCACUCCCGCAGUGCCCAUGCCUCGAGCUCCAAAAAGUGACCCUUGGCAGCAGGGCCAGAAAAAAUAUAGCCUGAGCAUUCUGGUGGCAGGAGCCAUUCCCUCCACUUCUUAACCCUGUGAAGUGGUACUCACUGGCUCUGCCCCAGGUUGGAAAGAGCUGGGUUGGACCCUUACUUGCCUGCUUGGGCAAGGACUGGACCUUUCACGCAAGUGCCAUGUUUCUGUACAGUUGUAGACUGUGUGUGUUUAUCUGGAGAUGGCCAGUUCUUUCUACCUCAGAGUAAGUGUGUGUGUGCAUGCUGCUCACACUCAUGUUUACGCCCUAAGCAUUCUAUGGACAAAUAAGACUUUCCUCCAUUGAAAUGAGGCACUUUACUUUAGACUUCUGCCUGUCUGAAAACCUUCCCUGCGUUUUGGUUCUUAACCCGGGUUAUCCUAUUUGUACACAGGCCCCCUCUGCAUGGACACACUUUAGUAGCUCCUCUUAACUAGAGGGAUUUUACAAAGAAUUGGAGAGCAACAGAAAAAGGAUUGCUUAUUUUCCCUUCCCAAAAUUCAGAGAUGGCUUUGGGACAAGUGCUAUCUGUGGAAUAUAACUGCUUUCCAGGUGUCUCUCUCACAAGCACAAGGAGUUGAUGUGAGUCUUUGGAAGGUGGAAGAAAUAGAAUGCUCUGGCUGACACACAGGCAGGAGGGGUCCCUACCACAUUCAUCCAAGCGGUGAGGGGAAGGCAGGCCUCGCCAAACGGGGAUGGAGGGUGGGUGUUUAUUCACAAGCACAGAGCUGGCACUUGCAAAUAGCCCUGCUGCCAAGUUGAUGGAUGAAGGAACAUGGUUCCCUCUUGAGAGUCUGGAGAGAGAAAUAGUAGCCAGCAUCCAAGGACUGAAUAGCUAUACUUUACCUAUUUGACUUCCACUAGUAUUUGUGCUUCUUGAAUUGAUUAGGAAACCACUUCCCCUUCCCUCCUGCUUCCUUCAGUCUUCUGGAAACUACAGAUGGGUAUGCAGACACCUGGGUCACUGAGCAGCAGUGCACUUCUUUUCCAUCUUAACAGAGAGUCAGUAACUGGGCCUAUGGACAAGAGAAUAAAAGGACAAUGAAUAGGUCACAUCCAGUUGGUAGAAAAUUAGGUAAAGUACUUCUUUGAUGUGCAUCAGCUUGUUUUUCCACCUGAGAUGUGACAAUAUUUAAGAAAAUACAUGUCAUACUCAGUGACUUAGGUCUGCAAAUGAGGGACCUAAAGAAAAGCUCUACAGCCCUCAGUCCCACUUGCUGGAGCCCAGCCUCUUGAUCUCACCUUUGAUGCCGAGACAAAGGAACUGGAAGCUAAAGACACUGUCUCUGCCUCUGGUGCUUAGAAAUCCUGUGGAAUUCCCUCUGAACCUAGUUUUCUAAUAGUAAAAUAAACAACUGUUAUGGACAUCUAUCAGAUUGAAAGUGAUACUCCCAUUGGAGGAGAAAGGCUCUGAGGAAGAUACCAGAUCCCUUUAAGGUGACGUUUGACACAUGACCUUUCCUUCCUUGAGUCAUAGAAUGCAUCCAGCUCCCAGGAAAACAUCAUUGCCUGCCAUCCACUUACCCUUCUGAGUCUGCCCUUUUUGCACUGAACAUACGCACUUUAUACAAGUGGAUCACAAGUCUUGAGGUUCUGAAUUUGGGAUGUUAGGACCAGAUUAUCCUGACAUUUCCCUCUAACUAGCUGACUAUAAAGUAAACAACUCUUGGUCAAACUGACACAAGAUGAGACUAAUUGAGCAUAAUACUGUGGUCUCCAAAAAAAUAACACCAAAACAAAUGUGCACAUUGAGGGAUUGAAUGUUUAACCACAACCAAGGCACAAUAAAAUGUCUAUCCAUGUA